UCCAAAAUGUGGAAGAUCAUCUCUCAUAAUGUAGAGAAAGUGGGCAAAUUUUGGAACGGUUACUAACAAGUUCAACUUGGAACGUUAACUGCGGUGCUUUGUACUUGUAAAUGGUUCUUUUAAUGAGUUAACAUGAAUUCGUAUUAUUUACCAUGGUUGCAAUUUAAAUAAUUCCUUACAUUGAAUGUGUGACAGACCCUUUCGAUGUGGAAGUCGAGAAACGUAGACUUUCUAAGGCCCAAGACGAGGAACGUUCUUCAUAAUGCGGUAUAUCUGAGAAUGGGAAGAGGUCAAUAUGAACCACUGCCUCUGUCACAGGAUGGUGAACCUGGGGAACCUUAGCUACUUAUCAGUUGGAAGUGAAGACUCCUCUCCUGCCAGCAGCCUAGGGUGUAGUGGUGGAGACUGCUGUUGAGAGAACUAUGCUGAAGCGAUGAGGCCCAUAUGAACAUAUCCAGUAAUGAAUGCAAGACUUGGAGUAGCAGGCUUUAGUCAUUGAGCAGCUAUAUGCUAUCAUCUCAGCAUCAGGGUCUGCACAUCCAGGGACCCCUGGGCAGGGCUCUGUAUGAGGGUCAUCAGGCCAGUAUGAUAGUUGUGACAAUUCUGUACCUCCAUUCCCCAUCAUCUGUUCACCCACCCAGUUGUUCCUUACCCUCAACUUGUACAUUUCCACAGUUCCUCUCCCUUCAACAGUAGUCUAUCCUCUGUUUCUCUGUCUUCCCAUGACUUUGAGAACCCAUCUUAUGUUGUGAUCUACUACCAUUGUCUCUCAUCUAUUUAUGUGUCUUUCAAAACCUUUAUCUCUUCCCUAACUGUCAUAGAUUUCCUUACCUUUAUCCUCCCCCUUCCCUUAUAUAUUUUUCAGAAAAAUUGGUCUAUCCCUAUGAAAAAGUACCCUUCUGUCUCUACUCCUUCAGCACACCUCUUUUUUCACGGUACUGUUUCUGUUGUCUAUUCUUUCCCUUUUUUCAACUUUUCUAUUCACCCUCUUUCCACGUUUAUAAAUGGAAUAAACUGAUGUCUGUCAAUGGAUACCUGCAAAGUAAGGCUGCUGGCAGAGUGUUUUACUCUUAGCCAAUGAUACUGAGAUUAGGAAUGCAUGGCUUCUUUAAGUAAAGUCCUCCUAUUCAACAGCAUUCUCCUUAUUUUUACUAUUUAUCUCUCUCUCCUUCUAAAACUCUCAUCCCUUCACCCAACUUGUAUACCUCCCAAACUCACAUCAACAACGUCUGUCUACAGUGUCACCCCCUCCAGCUACUCUGCAAUCUGCUCUAGUCUCUAUGCCACUGACUUAAGCUUAGAAAAGAAACCGAUGAUCCUCUCUGCACAGGAUAAUCUUCCUAGUAACUAUGGCCAGAUCUAUUUUAGAGACCCCAAAAAGAAAGCUCCAUCUCAUCUAAUCCUAGUCCAGUGAGGUGAUAUACACCCUAACCCUGGCCCUUCUCCUUCCUCUUAUAAUGUCCCCAACUCCACAAAAUCCCUACAUUUCACCACCAUCAACAUUCAAAGUAUAAGAAAUAAAAUUUCCCUUCUGCAUGCCUGGCUAAGUCAAUAUAAACCAGACUUUACAGUCAUAACCAAGACUUGGCUCAAACCAUUUAUAAAGGACUCUGAGGUUUUUCCCCCAAACUCUUUCUGCCUUAGAACAGAUAGACUCCAUAAAAAAUGCGGAGGCAUCGCCUUAUUAUAUCCAAGCACCUUCACAGUGAUUCCAUAUUCAAAGCCCAUUCCCCCCAUUUUCUACCGCAGAGUUACUUAUUACCUUCUUAAAACUAAAUAAUUAUAAAAGCCUUUGUAUCAUAGUCAUAUACAUUCCCCCAGGCAACAAUAUUCGCAUUCUCAAAGACAUUCUUGCCUGGACAACCAACAGUAUAAGUAAAGAAACAAUCAUCCUGGUGACAUUAAUAUUAACUGGUUAGACAUCUCAAUCAAUCCCUCCUCAGACAUUAACCUUCACAUCUGUACUCAGCUUAUUUCUGAUAUUGCUAGACCUGACAAAAGGAAUUGCAAAGGUUUAAUUCUGGACUGGGUCAUGGUUUCUGACCCUAACAAAAUUUCCACCUCGGGUACACUCCCAGAUAGUAUAAAUGACCACUCACCAGCGUUCAUAAUACGUUAGCCCACUUCCUUACCAAAAAACAUCAAUAUAGAUGCACCCGAGAUUUAUCCCACUUCUCCCCAAAUAACUUCAAUAACAUUUUGUAAAAUACUAACUGGAAUCAACUAAAAUCUCUCCCUCUUUAUGAAGUUGUGGAAUUCUUCAAUUCCACAUUUCUUAGGAUCCUAAAUAGUCUUCCCCCUCUCCAACUAAAAAGCAUCAAGACAAAACAUGCUAACUGGCUUGCCAAGUCCACAAAACAAAUUAUGUCCUCUAGGAAUAAAUCCUGGAAAGCCUGGCUAAAAAACAAAACUUUUUCCAACCUCACACAAUAUAAACAACUUCGCACUCAGGUCAAAUGAUUAGUACUUAAACAUAAAAAAAUACUUCCAAACCCUCCAAAACCAACAUAAUCAAAACCCCAAGACAUUUUGGGGAGGAAUCAACUCAUUACUCCAUCCCGGAACUAACCAUAAUCCAUGCCCAAACCCAGAAAAAACACCCACCGAGUUAGCCUCACUUUUUAACUCUUAUUUCAUUGACACCAUUACUACCACCUUCCCACCUAUCAACACAAACCCACUAAACCCUAUAAUAGUACAUACUCCAUCUACUACAGUAACCACUUUCUCCCUCUCUCCCAUACCUACCUCAACCAUUCAAAAACUUCUUCAUAAACUAAAACCUUGCGCCAAUGGCCCAGAUACCAUACUUGCUGAAUUCUUACAAUUAUCAGCCUCCUCCUCCAUAGCUUAUCUCAUCAGCAUUCCCAUCAAUAAGUCCAUUCAGGAAUCAUGUAUACCUGAUAUCUGGAAAAAGGCAUAUGUUCUCCCACUUCAUAAAGGUGGCAAUAACUCUGUCAUCUCAAACUUCCGGCCUAUCACCAUUCUCUCCCCCAUCUCAAAAAUACUUUAAGUGCAUUCACAUUCAACUCCUUAGUCACCUGGUUAAACACCAACUCCUUUCCUCCACUCAACAUGGCUUUAGGCCAGGACAUAGUAUAAACACCGCCCUCAUUUCCUUCCUGAACACAGUUGAUAGAGCUCAGGAUGCUGGAUCCAUAGUCUCCGCAAUCUUUCUGGAUUUACAAAAGCAUUUGACACAGUUUCACCGCUCCUUUCUGCUUACUAAACUCUAACCUCGUCAUCUCUCCCUCCACCCUUCAUUGGUUUUCUAACUAUUUCAGUAACAGGCUACAAUCUACUAUUUGGCAGCACUGAUCCUCCCCUUUCAUCAGUACUAAUACAGGGGUACCACAGGGUUCUAUAUUGGGUCCUCUUUUAUUUAGUAUAUUCAUCAAUGACUUCCACACUACUCUCACCCACAGUGCUGUUAUCCAGUACACACUACUGUUAUCUGCUCUUCUAAAUCUGCCUCUGUACUACAGCAAAUUACCCAAGAAGCUUUUAACUCAAUUGAAUCCUGGAUGUCACAAAACCAUCUCGCCCUUAACCCCAAUAAAACCAAACUCUCAAUGUUUACCUCCCAAAAAAACAGCCCAGUUGACCAGUCUGAAUUCUCUGUUCAUUCCCAAAAUAAUACUAUCAUUGAAGUCGUUCUCAGUACCAAAUUGCUUGGUGUAAUCAUUGACAACAACUUAACCUUUGACCUUCAUAUCCAUAAGAACAUCAAAAAAAACCAUCAAAAACUAGGAGCCCUUUAUAGGCACAACAAUUUUCUUAGCUUCUCUGCAAAAAAGGCCCUUGCCUCAUCAUUCCUGCUUCCAACCCUCUUGUACAGUGCCCCCAUCCUUACCAAUAUUCAGUGCUGGCUCGAAUUCUCCUAUCAUCUCACAUACCUACAACUAACUUUUUUUUUUGGCUUUUCCUGGUUAGGGGCCUCUACAGCGGAUCACCUGUGUGCUCAUGAUUGGCAGUGGAGUUUUACAGUGUCAAGUUGCCAGCCCGGCGUCCAACCUUCCACAGAAGGCACACACACACACACACACACACACGAACGCACUCACACCUUGGGCAAUUUAGAGAGUCCAGUCCACCUACAGCAUGUCUUUGGGAUGUGGGAGGAAACCAGAGCACCCGGGAGAAACCAAUACGACCACAGGGAGGACAUGCAGACUCCGCAUAGAAGCCACCCCAGCCGUGGAUCGAACAGGAGAACCUCUUGCUGUGAUGUGGCAACGCUAACCGCUGCACCACUGCAGCUGCCCUAUACAUACCUACAACUAACUGUUGCCCAUAAACCUAUUUACUACCCAGCAGCCUGCCCAUCCCUCUCCUGCAUUCUGACCAUGUACCAUCCUAAUCAACACCUUAGUUCAGAAAAUAAAAUGCUAUUAAACAUCGGUAAACCUAAGCUCUCAGCUGACCAAAUGCUGUAUUCUUUUACUGUCUCCAAGCUAUGGAAUAAUCUCCCUUCUUCACUCAGAGCUAUCAGUAAUCGGACUGCCUUUUAAAAAACCCUUAAACUUCAUCUCUCUUCACAUUGGAUUUGCACCUGCACCCCUACUGACAACCCCAAAACUUACCUCCCUCUUAGAAUCCUUACUCUUCUUCACUCAUAACUAGUCCAUCUUCCCCUUCUUUCUAUCCAACCAACUCAUUCUGCCCUUACUUUAGCCUGCACUAGCUCUUCUUUAAGCCUUCUGCCUCCUUCUUUUACCCUUUAAGCCAAGUUUUCUCUCUCUGCUAAUAAUCUUACUUAAUAUUUAAAACUUCUAUUCCUACACUCACACCAUGAAUGUAACCAGUUCUUCACUGUUGUCAAUUUAUUCAAUGUUAUUAUCAAAUUAUUCUAUGUGGUAUUACUUUAUUUUAAUGUGGUACAACUGCCUUAUAUACUCUGUAUUAUUUGUGUAUAAUUUUUCUGUGUGUGUAAUUAAAUGUGGAGCUUUGCUCCCCGGGCCUCCGCUGAAAAUGGGCUCAUUUCAGGCCCAGUGGACUUGCCCAGUAAACAAAUGCAAUAAAUAAAUAAGUAAGUAAGUCUCAUGAUAUCAACACAAAGUAGAUCUAACAAGUGAAUUUCAGAAACUUAAAGACACUGGAAACAUAAAAAAUACAGCUGCACAACUGUAAUAUGUACACAUGUUCACAAGUUGACUUCUUAGUGUAAUUUACAUGCUUUUAUCAUUGCUUGGAUAGUUCUUUGGCUGCACAUAUACAAAUAACAAUGCUACUAGUUCACGACUGCUAUAUUAUCAUAUUGGCGAAGCAGUACUAUGCACACACUCACCUUGCACACUUGUACAGUGUAGGACUAUGAGUAUCACCCUACUUUCCAAAUGAAACAAAACUGACUAAAUCAUUGUUGUUCUCUGGAGUUUACUCUGUAUUAGAGGUUAAUUUCUUUAAUAAAAAAUUGUAGCAUAUUCUACAUUAUUGAAGAGGCAAUUUUCUCAAGAGGUGAGUAUCGUGGCAAAAGUAUUGCAUUUUAAUGUACACUUCAACAAUUACUAAAUACUGAUAUAAAUAUUCAUAUGUCUACUACUUGAUCAUUAUAUAAUUCUCAUUCAAAAGCCAGACGAAACAACAUUGCUGAAAAUAAAAUCCAUCAAAAUCUCUACGGGGCAUAACAAGUUACACAGUGAUUGUGCUAGUUUCAUAAUGUUAUACAAUUUGUAAAAAUGAAAUUUUCAAGUGUCAUAAACUUGAAACAAAUUGUAAGCACCUCCACUGAUACUUACCAGGGGAGCCUAAGUCUGUAAAUGUAUCGGAAGCUAAAACUUACUAAGUUAACUUUCUGUAAGACAUCUAUAUUUAGUACAGAUUAAACACAGAUAUACAAGUGAGCCCAUGCUAGUGCAUAUAUAAACACACACACACACACACACACACACACAGUAACUUAACAUUCUACAGGAAAUCUAUAAUUAAACAGGAAACCAUAUGCACAAGUGAGCACACACAAGUAUAUACAAGCACACACUAAAUAUAGCAACUUAACACUCUACAGGAUAUUUACUAGUACACAUUAAAUACAAAGACAAAACAUAGGCACCAGGGAGCUCACAGAACUGUAUACAAACGCUCAGCAGGACAUGUAUAAUUAGCCUUCUUUAAACACAAACCAUGCACAGAUGAUUUUGUAUGGGCAUAUAACAAAUCCAGAUGCUUACAUGAUACCUUUAGUAAUCUAUAACUAGUACACAUUAAAUACAAACAUAGUAACAUGCACAAAUGAGCUCACUUGAGUACAUACCCACAUGUACAAGUUACAUGUAAUAACACUCUACAGGAUAUCCAAUCACUAGUAAACAUAAACUCAAAAUCAAUGCACAGGUGAGCUGACAUGAUCACAUAUGAGUGUAUCACGUAUGCAAACAUACACAGAUGACAAGCAGUAUUUUAAAACUCUGCAAGGUAUCUGUAGAAAAAAAACACAGCUGAGCUUAUACAAGCACAAGCAUACAUACACAAAAACAUUUGCACAAGUAAGCUCAAUUGAGGGUAUGCAAGUGCACACAUACAGUCAUAUGCACAUACACUCUCAAUGUAGCUCUAAAGGGCAUCUGUAAUCACUGCAUGUUAAAAACAACGAAAAAAUGACUGAGCUCUUAUGAACAUGUACACAUACGCACACAAGCAUGUGCACACACACACGCCACUUUGUAUUAAAAUGGUCACACCACCAAAAAUGUCUAUGAAAAAAGCUUGUUUGUGUACAGACUUGUACUUAAUACUCCUGAUACAGUUGCCACCCAAUGUUUUAAUGUCAAGGCAGUAUACUAUAAAUAAAAUUCCAUUUUUAAGAAGCAUGAUGAAAUGUUAAAAAACUCUUUGCAUUGCUGUCAUAUUUCCUGUCACUGUUCCUGGAGAAGGUAACAGUUUAUGUGAUGAAACAGGAGCCCUGAAUUGUUGUCCACAUUUUUUCCUGCAUUAUGAAAUAUAUGAGCAUUAUCUCAAAGGCCUAACUUGCAUGGUCUGAACAUUUUCUUUUUAAACCAACACUUUUAUAUCUGAUAUAAACAGAUAAGAUGAAAUGUUGUUACAAUGGUUUAUUUGCCACGUUAAUUCAACAGCAGGUUAUUGCAUACCAGACUUCAUUCUUGUAAAGAUUGCUGUUGAAAAUCAUUGUUACUCGGAUAAAAUAAAUGAGGAC